CGCUGGCUGCGUCACUUCCUGGCCGAGCUCUGCGCUCUGACUGCAGACGGAAGGCUCUCCCCUGUCUCGGCAGAGGAAACCGGUGUUGACACUUCGACGCAGGCUACAAUGGCGACCGAAGUGAGGCAGGAGCUUACACAACUGAUGAACUCAAGUGGAUCUCAUAAAGAUCUUGCUGCCAAAUAUCGACAAAUUCUGGAAAAGGCCAUUCAGUUUACAGAUGCUGAUCAACUGGAAUCCUUGAAGGCCUUUGUAGAAGCAAUGGUCAAUGAAAAUGUUAGUCUCGUCAUUUCAAGACAGCUGCUCACUGAUUUCUGCACACAUCUGCCCAACCUGCCUGACGCCACAGCAAAAGCAGUGUAUCACUUCACCUUGGAAAAGAUCCAGCCGAGGGUCAUUUCCUUCGAGGAACAGGUAGCCUCAAUCAGACAGCACUUAGCAACCAUUUAUGAAAAGGAGGGAGACUGGAGAAAUGCUGCCCAAGUUUUAGUUGGCAUUCCCCUCGAAACAGGACAGAAGCAAUAUAAUGUUGACUAUAAGUUGGAUACAUAUCUGAAAAUUGCCCGACUUUACUUAGAAGAUGAUGAUCCGGUUCAGGCAGAGGCCUACAUCAACAGAGCCUCAUUGCUUCAGAAUGAGUCCUCUAAUGAACAGCUACAGAUACACUAUAAGGUGUGCUAUGCCAGAGUACUAGACUUCAGAAGGAAGUUUAUUGAAGCUGCACAAAGAUACAACGAGCUGUCUUAUAAGUCAAUUGUUCAUGAAAGUGAACGCCUGGAGGCACUGAAGCAUGCUCUGAACUGCACCAUAUUGGCCUCUGCAGGACAGCAACGUUCCCGUAUGUUGGCUACUCUCUUUAAGGAUGAGCGCUGUCAGCAGCUGGCUGCUUAUGGUAUCCUGGAGAAGAUGUACCUGGACCGCAUCAUUAGAGGUAACCAACUGCAGGAGUUUGCUGCCAUGCUGAUGCCUCACCAGAAAGCCACCACAGCAGAUGGCUCCAGCAUCCUUGACAGAGCUGUGAUUGAACACAACCUCCUAUCUGCCAGUAAACUCUACAACAACAUCACUUUUGAAGAGCUAGGAGCAUUGCUGGAAAUCCCCCCUGCAAAGGCUGAAAAGAUUGCUUCUCAGAUGAUCACUGAGGGACGCAUGAAUGGUUUCAUUGACCAGAUUGAUGGCAUUGUACAUUUUGAAACCCGUGAACCCCUUCCUACCUGGGAUAAACAGAUCCAGUCUUUAUGUUUCCAAGUCAACAACCUGCUAGAGAAGAUCCGUCAGGCUGCUCCAGAGUGGGCCGCACAGGCUAUGGAAACCCAGAUGACCCAGUAGUAUUCCUAAUAGGAUCCGUCAGCCCACCCUGAAAGUUUUGUUUGUUCCCAAAACAUUAAAAAACACCUGCAGUUUAAGUAGUAAAAGCACUGUGGAGAUCCUUCUGGUACCAGCAUGACUUGUUUGAGAUGUGGCAUCCAUGUAUUUAUAGGGCUGUACUGUACAUUCAGGUGUAAUUUCAUGUUGUUUACAUGUUAAAAUUUUGGAUAUUAUAUUCAGGUUGUUGACAUGUUAUAGGGUCAAAAAUAAGAUGCGCACAACAAACGCAUUCUGUUUUUAUCUUGAUAAUACAGCUAUAUCUGUCAAGUACUUCUUGAUUUAUCACUUGGCCCACACUGAAUGAAUUUCAGCAGAGUAUAAACUUGGAGCUGAAAGAAA